UCAACAUGCUGGACCGAGAGUCAUUCUCUUGUUCGAUCUGUCUGGAUCUACUGAAGGAUCCGGUGGCUAUUCCCUGUGGACACAGCUACUGCAUGAACUGUAUUAAAACCCACUGGGAAAAAGAAGAAGAGAAGAAGAUCUACAGCUGCCCUCAGUGUAGGCAGACCUUCAAACGGAGGCCUGUCCUGAUGAAAAACACCAUGUUAGCAGUUUUAGUGGAGGAACUGAAGAAGACUGAACUCCAAGCUGCUCCUGCUGAUCACUGCUAUGCUGGACCUGAAGAUGUGGCCUGUGAUGUCUGCACUGGGAGGAAACUGAAAGCCUUCAAGUCCUGUCUGGCGUGUCUGGCCUCUUACUGUGAGAAACACCUCCAGCCUCAUUAUGACUCAGCUCCAUUAAAGAAACACAAGCUGGUGGAGCCCUCCAAGAAGCUCCAGGAGAACAUCUGCUCUCGUCACGAUGAGGUGAUGAAGAUGUUCUGUCGUACUGAUCAGCAGUGUAUCUGUUAUCUCUGCUAUGUGGAUGAACAUAAAGGCCACGACACCGUCUCAGCUGCAGCAGAAAGGACCGAGAGGCAGAGAGAGCUGGAGGUGAGUCGACUCAACAUCCAGCAGAGGAUCCAGGACAGAGAGAAAGAUGUGAAGCUGCUCCAACAGGAGGUGGAGGCUGUCAAUCGCUCUGCUGAUAAAGCAGUGGAGGACAGUGAGAAGAUCUUCACCGAGCUGAUCCGUCUCAUGGAGAAAAGAAGCUGUGAUAUGAAGCAGCAGGUCAGAUCCCAGCAGAAAAGUGAAGUGAGUCGAGUCAAAGAGCUUCAGGAGAAGCUGGAGCAGGAGAUCACUGAGCUGAAGAGGAGAGAUGCUGAGCUGAAGCUGCUGUCACACACAGAGGAUAACAACCAGUUUCUACUCAACUACCCCUCACUGUCAACACUCAGUGACUCUACACACUCAUCCAGCAUCAAUAUCCGUCCUCUGAGCUACUUUGAGGACGUGACGGCAGCUGUGUCAGAAGUCAGAGAUAAACUACAGGACGUUCUGAGAGAGAAAUGGACAAACGUCUCACAGACAGUGACUGAAGUGGAUGUUUUACUGUCACAACCAGAGCCCAAGACCAGAGCUGGAUUCUUACAGUAUUCACAAGAAAUCACACUGGAUCCAAACACAGCAUACACACGGCUGUUAUUAUCUGAGGGGAACAGAAAAGCAAUAUUAACGAGACAACAACAGUCUUAUUCUAGUCACCCAGACAGAUUCACUGAUUGGUGGCAGGUCCUGAGUAGAGAGAGUCUGACUGGACGUUGUUACUGGGAGGUGGAGUGGAGAGGGGGAGUUUAUGUAGCAGUCACAUACAAGAGUAUCAGGAGAGCAGGGGGGGGGAAUGAACGUGUGUUUGGAUGGAAAAACAAAUCUUGGGCGUUAGAUUGUGACAAAAACAGUUAUACAUUUUGUUACAACAAAGUCCACACCCCCGUCUCAGGUCCUCAGUCCUCCAGAGUAGGAGUGUACCUGGAUCACAGUGCAGGUGUUCUGUCCUUCUACAGCGUCUCUGAAACCAUGACUCUCCUCCACAGAGUCCAGACCACAUUCACUGAGCCUCUCUAUGCUGGACUUAGGCUUUAUUGUGAUGGAGUAACUGCUGAGUUGUGUAAACUGAAAUAGACAGAAGUCAUUUAAGGGUUCAAUUCUGUGUUUUAACUCUUAAACUCAUUUUGUCUCCAUGUUUGUUGCUGAGAGCUGAUUGUUGUGUAAUGUCUUCACUGCUCAGAGAUCAGCUGUCAAUCAAACAUUAUGGUGGUACUUUGACAUCUUCUCAUGAGUUGUUCUGUAAAUGUUUGAGCUUCUCUAUCAUCAUCACUUUACUGAUGGGAUGUGUAAUAUGUGUAUGUGUAAUGUGUGAUACAGGGGCUGUCAAUCAAUUAAAAUAUUUAAUCGUGAUUAAUCACAAAUGAAUCGCACAUUUUGUAUCCAUUCAAAAUGU